AUGUCCGACGACGACGCGUUGUUCGGCGGCCAGCUGGAGCAGUACGAGGCGGACCGCUCCCGGCGCAUCGCGCUCGAGCGGGAACUGCAGGAGCUGGAGGAUGAGAGCGAGCGGGGCAGGCAGGUGCUCGACAGCCUCGACGAGAAGAUCCGCACCCUGCGCGAGGAGGCGGGUGUCCGUCGCCGACGCCUUCGCCGCCGGCGUCGCCGCCCUCGGAGGAGGAGCGGGGGGACCGCCGACGUCGAGCAGCAGCGCCUCCUCAAGCCGGAGCGCGGUUGCAGCGCCUGCCGGGCCGUGACCUUACAGGUCGACGCCGCGGCGCAGAGCCUGCUGGGCUCCGCUGGCCACGUGGCGCGCACGCUGCUGCGGGACCCGGACGCGGACCGGGCGGAGCUGCUCGACACGGUGCUGCGCUACCUGGAGCCGGUCAAGCACCUGGACCCCGACCUGGAGGAGCUCUACGGGCGGGCGCAGGCACGCCUGGCCUGCCUCAGCCUUCCCCCCGACAGCGCCGACGGGUCUGAUCUUGUCUGGGAUGGUGCGACGUGGAUCGCCGUCGUGGGUGAUGAGUUGAUAACAGGGAGGGAAGUCCACAGGGACCCCGUGGUCCGUGACGGCGACCUCCAGGGCAGGAGCAGCUGCAGGAUCGCGUAG